AUGGCAACCGGAGCGCAUAAGCUCGCCGGGUUCCUGCAGCACCUGCGCCGGUGCUCGGCGGCGGUGCUCGACAGCGCAAUGUCCCUCGUGUGCUCGGUCUUCAAGGCCUACGAGCACCACCAGGUCACGGACCGCGUGGCACGGUCGCGGCGCACGCUCCGGUGCAGCGCGGGCCAGGCGUGGCGCCGCGCCGUCGACGUUGCCGCGCGCCUCAACUCGCUCCUCGUCCACGUCGUCUACUUCGUCGCCAUCUCCUGCGUCGGGUGGGGGCUCCUCGAGGCGCUCAAGGUUCGGGCGUCCGGCAGGAGACCCCGCGGCAUCGACAUGUUCUACACCGCCGUGUCGGCCGCGACGGUGUCCAGCAUGUCCGCCGUCGAGAUGGAGGUGUUCUCCAACGGCCAGCUCCUGGUGCUCACAGCUCUCAUGUUCGGCGGCGGCGAGGUGUUCCUGUCGCUCGUGGGCCUCGCAUCCAAAUUUUCCAAGAUGAGGAAGCAGAUCAUAAACAGAUCCCGGCGCGUCGAGAGCCACGACGACGAUAUCGAGCUCGAGACCACCGGCGCCGAGGCCGAUGACGCCGACUCCGACGCCGACUCGAGGUCGAUAACUACUACGGUCACCGAAGAGAACGAAGACAUCCCAGUAGACGCGAAGAUUCUGCGGCGCAAUGCGGUGCGCUCGCUGUUCUACAUCGUCCUGGCCAUCCUCGUGGUGGUGCACGCGGUGGGCGCCGUCGCCGUCGCGGCAUACGUCUACGCCGCGCCCGGCGCGAGGCAGACGCUGCGGCGCAAGGCCCUGAACGUGUGGACCUUCUCGGUGUUCACGACGGUGUCCACGUUCUCCAGCUGCGGGUUCAUGCCGACGAACGAGAACAUGAUGGUGUUCAGCCGGGACGUGCCGCUGCAGCUUCUGCUCGUGCCGCAGGCGCUGGUGGGCAACACGCUGUUCCCGCCGCUGCUGGCCGCGUGCGUGUGGGCGGCGGCCGCGGCCACGCGGCGGGAGGAGAUCGCGGAGAUCGUCAGGAAGGGCAGGGAGGCGACGGGGUACUACCACCUGCUCCCGGCGCGGCGGUGCUGGAUGCUCGCCGGGACGGUGGCGUUCUUCAUCGCUGUGCAGGUGGCGCUGGUGUGCGCGAUGGAGUGGGGCGGCGCGCUGCGGGGGCUGAGCGCGGGGGAGAAGCUGUCCAACGCGCUGUUCCUCGCCGUGAACUCUCGGCACACCGGCGAGUCCACCCUUGACCUCUCCACACUGGCGACGGCCAUCCUCGUCCACCGUCCUCAUGACCUGAGUCCACACUGCACGGCGCGACGCGCCAUCCUCGUGCUCUCCAGUCCUCGUUAUGAUGGAGCUCACGAUCGAGGCAGUCUCCCCUGA